AAAAUAGCACUCUCAUGAGUCACUGCAAAACUGGCUGUUAAAGGCGCUACAUGGUCAAUCUACGGCGAUAUGGCCUCUGCAGAGGUCAGGUUGUGAAGGAAGUUGUCAAGGAAGUGAGUUUGUGUUCAUACAGGACUUCCCGACCUCACCUACCGUCAACCAAUCAUGUCAAUGCGGAGCUAUACCGAGCCCUCCCCAUUGUUACAACGUUUGAGAGGCGUACGGCGAUGUUGUACAGAGCUCAAUUUGACCUGCCUCCUCCGGAUGCUCCGCGAUUGCGUCACACCAUCCAUUUAGUGGCACCGACCACAUUUUCAGGUCAGGCAUACAUUGGCUCUUGCUGUUACGAGAGUUCGUUCGUUGAGUCAGAAGGGGUAGACUAGUAGCGCAUUCAAUAAUGUAUUUUUUGAAACGGAGGAGUCGGACAGGAUUUUUCAGUCAACAUUAAUAUCCUAACCGAUUGUGCCUAGGCAGCUGAAAACAUGUGCUCAGAAUGUCAGUCUGCAUGUUGUGAAGGGAAUAUAGCUCCACUUUGUAUUUUUCCCCAAUGACGGCUGAAAGCUAAGGAUAGGCUAUGAUUUUCUGCAAAACGAAUGGCGUUGUUUGUGUGUGAAAUUGGAUUAUGAAACGAUGCCCACUUUCUCGCUGACCUGACUCACUGUCGCUCUGGACUGUUUAGAUUUGGUCUUUUAUUUUCAUAAAGGAUCUUUGCUCCACAUGCAAAUCUCGAACGAUAAAUGCGCACAAAAUUGAAUGCCAAAAUUGAACAGGUGACGUCAGUUUAGUGUGCUCAGACUGGAGAUGCUGGUCCCAUGGAUGUGUCUCGACGGGAAUAAGGUUCAGUGAUUUGCCGUUCCAGCCCGAGCGCUUUCUACUAACGGAAUCGCUUAUGAUGCCCAGAGGUUUACGGAGGCUUGUGCACCUGGUGCUGUUUUGCCCUAUGUCGAAGGGGCUGCAGAGUCGUCUCCCGGCAUUAAAGGUGAAGUACCUGCUGCUGGCCUGGCUGGGGAUCCUGGUAGCCAGCUGGGUCCUCUACAUGCAGUACGCCUCCUACUCAGAGCUCUGCCGAGGACACGUCUGCCACAUGGUCAUCUGUGACCACUACAGGAGAGGCAUUAUCUCAGGGUCGUCCUGCAAGGCCCUGUGUGAGGAGAGGAGCCUGACUCUGCAGCGAUGCAUGUCCACCUCUUCCACACACCAAGUGUACAGUGGUCUGUGGAAGGACAGGCCUGUGGUGAUAAAGUGUGGUCUAGAAGAGCCUCUGAAGGGGGACGGAGCUCCUGACUCUGUACUGAGACAGGAAAUUACUCUGUUUGACAAGCCCACCCGCGGGACCUCCAUGGAUGAGUUCAGAGAGAUGUUGCACAGCUUUCUCAAGUCUAACCUGGGAGAGCAACCUUCUCUCACCACCUUGGUGGGUCGUGUCAUCACCCUGGCCGAUGUCAACAAGGACCGCAAGGUGUCCCUGGCGGAAGCCAAGUCUGUGUGGGCUCUCCUCCAGAUCAACGAGUUCCUUCUGAUGGUGGCCCUGCAGGAGAAGGAGCAUACCCCCAAACUGCUGGGCUUCUGCGGGGACCUGUACGUGACUGAGCGCGUGGGCCACAGCUCCCUCUAUAGGUUGGAGGUCCCCAGCUACCUGCAGGCAUUAGUCCCAGAGGCCCUGAGCUCCAGCCUGAACCAGUGGCUGGCCCCGGCGUGGCCCCGGAGGGCCCGCAUCACCAUCGGCCUGCUGGAGUUCAUAGAGGAGGUGUUCCACGGGGCCUACGGCAGCUUCCUGAUGUGUGACGCCAGCCCGCGCCACGUGGGGUACAACUUCAGGUAUGACUGCAAGAUGGCAGACCUGCGCAGCGUGGCGUCCGAGAUGGUGGUCCGCAGGUUCCUGCGGGGACGUCGCUGCGAGACCAACGCUGACUGCACCUUCGGGCGUGACUGCACUGCCACCUGCGAUCGACUGGUGAAGCAAUGUAACACAGAGGUGGUCCAGCCCAACCUGGCCAAGGUGUGUGUGAUGCUACAGGACUAUCUGGUGUCCGGGGCGCCCCAGGACCUCCGCAUAGACCUGGAGAAGCAGCUCCGUACCUGUGUGACGCUCAGUGGCCUGGCUAGCCAGAUGGAGGUGCACCACUCGCUGGUUCUCAACAACCUGAAAACCCUGCUGUGGAAGACCAUCUCCAACACACAGUACUCCUGAGGACCACAGAAGAGCUGCUGGGAGACAUAUGUAGGCCUGGGUCGUAUUCAUUUGACACCAAAUAAAGGAAAAUGGAUUGAAACAAAUGGACAAUCCGAAGUUGUCCAGUAAGAUUUUAUUUACCCUAGAGGUACUUCCCCUCCUACCCUACUUUUUUGGGGCAGUUACAAGACAUGCCAAAAGCUUGAGUAAAACAGACUAGUAAAUCACUGACUGAAAGUGAAAAUGAAUGAAAAUCAAAUGGGUUAUGAUUUAAAAGUAAAGGCAGUUUAUUUUUAUGGAAGGAUUCUUUAUUUUGUGCAGGAGGAAACUGUCUGGUGUAUUCUCAGGGCCUUGCCUAUGUACUGAUAAUUAACUGUACAGUAUUCUACUUUAAAGAGUAGUUAUUAAGUGUAUAACUUCUAUCAGGGAACGUCAAUGUAGAGGUGUAAUGCCAUGAAAAUAUGGGAGUGAUGUAACAGUAUGUGGAAAAACUACUAUUUUAUCUGUGUGAAUGAUCCAUCAGACAAGGUCAAAUGAGAUGGAAAUAUGGAGGGAUCACUUGAGCUUUUGUGAUAGAUCAUAACCAAACUAUAUUACUCAGAUGAAAAAAAAUAUAUAUACAGCACUCCAAACUAUGGCAAUUUGUCUAGACUAAAAAAAUAGAAGUCUCGGUAUUUUAGGAAUUAUACAACAGGUUGGUCUAAUCCUGAAUGCUGAUUGGUUAACCGCAUUCCAGCCAGUGUCUAUUCCACAAGGUACCACCAGCUAAAUUAUUACAUUAAAAUGACUAUUUACUGUUC